AUGUUGAAAUUUGACCUCUUGGAAAACAUCAAUACCAACUCUGAAUAUCACCCACAAUCUGUGCCAACUCACUUAGAGAGCCUUAGAAAUCUAAAUAACAUUGAUUUGUGCAAGAUGAAGAAGGGAGUCCACCCUCAAAUGCAAUGGAUAUCCUAUGUGACCCAGAGUGGCAGAUUGAUGCAUGUUAUGAUGACAAAAAUACACCAGGUUGGUAAAGUCUACCACUUUAGAGCAAAACGGCAAAUGGCUGAAAGUUUAGGUCAGAUUGCGAAGUUUAAGCGUCGAUACGGGCAGGAGGAUGCAGAAGAUGCUGAAAAGUGA